GAAAAUAUCUGGCAACAUAAGCCGAACGUCAAAAACAGAACGAUAAAUGCGGUGUGAAAGCCGCUGAGUUUCGAUGUUUCAAUAUUUAUUUAACUUAAUUUAACGUGUCAUGUUUCUUACAGUUUAAUUUUUUUUACUAAUUUUGCUUCUUGUGUUGGUUUUCAUAUUAAAUUUUAACUGGUUAGGUGAAAAAAUUGAAUUUUCAAGAUGUUUGCAUAAGUUGACAUUAUAUUCGUCGUCUGUUUGAAAAUUUAUAUUUUGAUAGGGCUUAAAAUUACUUGUUUUGUUGUGUUCCCAAGUUAAAUGGAUUUUGACUUUAAAGUGAGAACAUCUAAUGAACGAGCUAAAGUUGAAGAUUUGUUUGAAUAUGAAGGCUGUAAAGUUGGAAGAGGAACUUAUGGUCAUGUCUAUAAAGCAAGAAGAAAAGAUGGGUUAGCAUAUAAUAAUAAAAAGUCUGAUCCGAAAGAUUAUGCAUUAAAGCAGAUUGAAGGCACUGGAAUAUCCAUGUCUGCAUGCCGUGAAAUAGCUCUUCUUAGAGAACUAAAGCAUCCUAAUGUGAUAAUUCUUCAAAGGGUGUUUUUAUCUCACACUGAUAGAAAAGUCUUUUUAUUGUUCGAUUAUGCAGAACAUGAUUUAUGGCAUAUCAUAAAAUUUCACAGAGCUGCUAAAGCAAAUAAAAAGCCUGUAAUGGUGCCAAAAGGAAUGGUUAAGUCUCUAUUAUAUCAAAUUUUAGAUGGAAUUCAUUAUUUGCAUUCCAACUGGGUCUUACAUAGGGAUCUAAAACCUGCGAAUAUUCUAGUUAUGGGUGAAGGUCCUGAGCGUGGUAGAGUAAAAAUAGCUGACAUGGGUUUUGCUAGGUUAUUCAAUUCGCCUUUAAAGCCCUUAGCUGAUCUGGACCCUGUUGUAGUAACAUUUUGGUAUCGAGCACCUGAAUUACUUUUGGGAGCUAGACAUUAUACUAAAGCUAUAGAUAUAUGGGCUAUAGGUUGUAUUUUUGCUGAAUUAUUAACAUCCGAACCAAUCUUUCACUGCCGACAAGAAGACAUCAAAACAAGUAAUCCAUAUCAUCAUGACCAGUUGGAUAGAAUAUUUAAUGUCAUGGGUUUCCCUCAAGAAAAAGAAUGGGAGGAUAUUAAAAAAAUGCCUGAGCACACUACUUUAAUGAAGGAUUUCAAGCGCUCAAAUUAUUCUAAUUGUUCAUUAACGAAGUACAUGGAAAAACAUAAAGUCAAACCAGAUAGCAAAGCUUUCCUUUUGCUUCAAAAACUGCUUCUUAUGGAUCCUACUAAGCGUAUCACUUCAGAACUUGCUAUGCAGGAUAGUUAUUUUCAAGAAGAUCCUUUACCAACUCAGGAUGUGUUUUCUGGUUAUCAUAUCCCUUACCCUAAAAGAGAAUUUUUAACUGAUGAUGAUCAAGAGGAUAAGUCUGAUACAAACAAGAACUCUGCCUUCCAUUUGCGUGGGUCCAUGGAUAAGAUGAUGAAGACUAAUGCAAAUAAUAAUCAGGGUAAUCAAGAUAAUAACAAUCAUGGUCCAAGUGCAAAACGAGUGAGAAUGGCUCCUCCUCCACCAACUACUACUUCAGCUGCAUCAUCACAGUCCCAUAUGGGCGGUGGUGUUCAACAAUCCCAGUCAUCUAUGAACUAUAAUUCGGGAGCUGGGAAUCCUCAACAAAGUGGAGCUGGUGGAUUUCCUCAACAUUUCUAGACAAUUUAUUCUUAUGAUAAUGAUAGUAUAACUUAGGACUAAUGAAAUUAAAUCAUGCAUUUUGUAACUUUAUUACACAGUCAUAUCUCAUAUUUGUACUGAUUCACUAGGCAUAUAAAUAAAUGUAUAAAUUAUUUUUCAAACUUU